AUGGACAUUCUUACUUCCAUGAUUAUAAUUGCCUAUGCAUUUGUUCCCUUAUUCAAAGUUUCCAUAGCAGCUGACUCUAUUGGUUUGUCACAGUCUAUCAGCAAUGGCAAUACCUUAGUGUCACAAGGUGGAACAUUUGAACUUGGUUUCUUCACCAAGUCAAAUAAAAGCUACUUGGGUAUUUGGUACAAGAAUAUCCGAAUUCAGAAAGUUGUUUGGGUUGCAAACAGGGUCAACCCCAUCAAUGGUUCAAAUGCCACCUUAACACUCAACAGCACAGGCAAUCUUGUCCUUAGUCAAAAUGGGUCUGUGGUUUGGUACACAACACCUCAAAAGCAAGCACACAAUCCAGUGGCGGUGCUCUUGGACACUGGGAAUCUUGUGCUAAGAAAUGAAGGAGAAUCAAACCCUGAGGACUAUUUGUGGCAAAGCUUUGAUUAUCCUUCAGAUACAUUAUUGCCAGGGAUGAAGUUGGGAAGGAACCUAAGACUUGGUCUUGAUUGGACACUAACAACAUGGAAGAGUCCAGAUGAUCCAUCCCCUGGAGAUGUUUCUGAAGGUUUAGUUCUUCAUAAUUAUCCUGAGUUUUAUACAAUGAAGGGAACAGAAAAGUUCUUCAGGUAUGGACCAUGGAAUGGGAUAGAAAUUAGUGGAAUACCAGGAUCACCAUCCACCACCAUAUUGGAUUUCACUUUUGUCACCAAUAAUGAUGAGAUCUACUACACUUACAGCUUCAACAACAACUCUGUCAUUUCAAUACUGGUAUUAAACCAAACCAGUACUGUUCGCUAUGUAUGGGAUGAUCAAGACCAAAAUUGGAGGAUUUAUACAUUAGACCCCAAAGACUUUUGUGACACUUAUGGUCUAUGUGGAGCCUACGGGAAUUGCAUGAUUACUCAACUACCAGUGUGCCAAUGCUUCAAUGGGUUCAGUCCAAAGUCACCACAAGCAUGGAUCUCAUCAGAUUGGAGUCAAGGAUGUGUCCGCAAUAAACCAUUGAGCUGCAAUGACACAUACACGGAUGAUGGGUUUGUCAAAUUUGAAGGCCUGAAAGUUCCAGACACUACAUAUACUUGGUUAAAUGAAAGUAUGGGUCUAGAGGAAUGCAGAGUGAAGUGCUUGAAUAAUUGCUCUUGCAUGGCUUAUACAAAUUCAAAUAUAAGUGGAGCUGGUAGUGGUUGUGUCAUGUGGUUUGGUGAUCUAAUUGACAUGAGACAGUUUCAAGAGGGAGGGGAAGAUCUUUAUGUCCGGAUGUCAGCUUCAGAUAUAGUCAACAAUGAAGAGCUUGAAGAUAGGAGCAAAAAGAACACGAGAAGCAUCGUUGCUGCCACCAUUGUUUCAAUUUGUGGAGUACUUUUACUAUGUAUUUACUUUAUCUGGAGAAUCCGGAAGAAGAUUGCUGUGAGAUCUCAAAGGCAAUUGAAUGAUCUAGAUCUGCCAUUGUUUGAUCUACCAACAGUUGCUGCUGCCACUAAUGACUUCUCAAUGAACAAAAAGAUCGGAGAAGGUGGUUUUGGACCUGUAUAUAGGGGAAAAUUAUUGGAUGGUCGAGAAAUUGCUGUCAAGAGACUUUCAAGCUUAUCAAAACAAGGAAUGACCGAGUUCAUAAAUGAAGUGAAACUAAUUGUAAAACUUCAGCAUCGUAAUCUUGUAAAGCUUCUUGGCUGUUGCAUUCACGGACAAGAACUGAUGCUGAUUUAUGAAUACAUGGCUAACAGUAGCCUAGACUCCUUCAUUUUCGCUGAUACCAAGGGUAAAGUGCUAGAGUGGCCUCAACGGUUCAACAUAAUUUGUGGAAUUGCUAGGGGCCUCGUGUAUCUUCACCAAGACUCACGAUUGAGGAUUAUCCAUAGAGAUCUCAAAGCAAGUAAUGUGUUACUUGAUGAUAGUUUGAAUCCCAAAAUAUCAGAUUUUGGAAUGGCAAAAACUUUUGGAGGAGACCAGACCGAAGGAAACACAAAUAGAGUAGUUGGAACUUACGGGUACAUGGCACCAGAGUAUGCUGUUGAUGGGUUGUUUUCAGUGAAAUCUGAUGUCUUUAGUUUUGGUAUUUUAUUGUUGGAGGUUAUUAGUGGCAGGAGAAAUAGAGCAUAUUACCACAUGGAUGACAAUCUUAACCUUGUUGGCUAUGCAUGGACAUUGUGGAAAGAGGACAGACCUUUAGAUUUGAUUGAUAUAAAGAUAGGGAACUCUUGUGAUGUAUCAGAAGUAUUGCGUUGCAUACAUGUUAGUCUCUUGUGCGUGCAACAGUACCCUGAAGAUAGGCCUACAAUGGCCUCUGUGAUUCUAAUGUUGGGGAGUGAGAUGGAAUUGGUUGAGCCUAAAAUGCCUGGUUCCAUUUCGAGGAAUGUUUCAAUGGAAACAUAUGUACGCUCAUGCUCGACCAACGAAAUAACCAUUACCUUAUUAGAGGCUCGAUGA